AUGAAGACCGAACACGCAUACACCUUGAUCAAAGAUGCCACCGUGCUCACCAUGGACCCAGAACUGGGUAUGCUGAGCAACUGUGAUAUCUUGAUCAAGGGCCAAACCGUCAAGGCUAUUGGGCAAAACCUGCCUGCCCCCUCGGAUGGGGACAUAAAGGUUAUCGAUAUCCCCGAUGCCAUCGUUACACCUGGGUUCGUCGACGGUCACCACCACAUGUGGCAGCAGCUUAUUCGAGGCGUUGCAGUUGACUGGUCCCUGUUCGACUAUGCUAUCAAUAUCCGCAGCGUCUACGGGAGCGUCUACACGGCCGAGGAUGCCGGGUUCGCCUACUAUGUCGCCGCGCUGGAUAUGAUUAAUAACGGUAUCACGAGCGUCCUAGAGCACGGCCAUAUUAUGAACACGCCGCAGCAUGCUGAUGCGUCUAUCAAGGGCCUGAAGGACUCCGGGAUCCGCGCAUGUUUCUGCUACGGGCUCUACGAGAACCCACCCAUCAGCGGCGCCCCAGACGCAGAUAAGCAGAGCUUCAGCCUCGCCGAGCGGCUCGCGGACGCCCGCCGGGUCAGGAACACGCAUUUCCAGACCAACGACCCGGCCAAGGAGCGCGUCACGUUUGGCCUCGCGCCGACCGAGCCGGACUACCAACCCAUACAGGAGACGGUGGACCAGGUCGUGGCAGCCCGCGAGAUAGGGGCCAGGCUUAUCACCAUGCACGUUGCCCUGGGUCCGUACGACACGACGCACAACCACAUCGUCCAGCAGCUCGCGGACAGGGACCUGCUGGGACCUGACCUCGCCUUCAGUCACGGCGCCUCCCUUACAGAGGGCGAGUUCAAGGCCAUCUCGUCCACGGGGGCCGGCCUCGUGAGCACGCCUGACACGGAGCUGCAGAUGGGCAUGGGCUUCCCCGCCGUAUUCCGUGCCACCGAUAGGGGUUGCAAGGCGUGCCUCGGCGUUGACAUCACGUCCAACCAGGGCAACAGCUUUGUCGCGCAGAUGAGGCUGGCGCUACAGGUGCAGCGGGCCCAAGAGAACGAGAUUGCCUUCCCCCUCUCUAUUAAGCGGAAGACAGCAGAGGUGCUCCGGAUGAGCACCAUGGGCGGCGCUGAGGUCAUGGGGCUGGGACACCUCGCCGGCUCCGUCACCGUCGGCAAGAAGGCGGACUUAAACAUCUUUCGAUGCGAUGAUAUUGGCACCGUGCCCGUCAUCGACCCCGCGGGCACCGUCGUCUUCCACUCGUCCACGUCCAACAUCGACACUGUGAUUAUAGAUGGGCGGGUUGUCAAGGAGAACGGUCAGCUGGUUGGUAUUGAUUGGCCGGCAUUAAAGGCAGAGCUUGUCGCUCGCACCGAGAGAAUCCGCCAGGUCGCGUCAAAGGUGGACUUGGCUGCUGCUAAAGCACAAUGGGGUCCUUAUACCGUGCAAGACUAA